AUGGUGCUGCCGCAAGCAGUGCUGCGAUCUGCAAGCCAUGGGCCUGUCCUAGUGGAGUUGAAGAAUGGCGACUCGUACAGUGGAACUCUUGUUGCUGUUGACAACUCCAUGAACAUCCGCAUGGAGGAUGCAAUCUUGACCCCGCAAGCCGAGCACAAGUUCGAGCGCAUGAAGGAGUGUACCAUCCGUGGGCAGUUUGUGAAGUUCAUUCGCUUCCCAGACGACAUCCUGGACCGCGUCCUGGCAACACAGGAUGCUGCCCUCAGCGGCAGCAGGAAGGGCCGUGGCAAGGAUGGCAGAGGAAGGGCGGACGAGGCGAACAAGAUGCUCAGCGUACCUUCCUCCAUGAUCGGAGCGAUCAUUGGCCGAGGAGGUGAGACAAUCAAGAAGUUCUGCACCGAAAGCGGCGCGCGGAUUGAGGUGUCCAAAGACCAGCUUGAAACCACGGCGGAGAGGGCAAUCUUCCUCUCCGGCUCGAAAGAGAGCGUGGAGAAAGCGGAUGCCAUGAUCCGGGACUUUGUGCAGGAGCGUAAUGCCUGA